CUAGUCUUACAAUGGUGAUUUUAUUAACAAAAGAAAGAAAGCAUACUUGGUAACGUAUACUUGGUUGGUAAGUGCAACAGAGCCACUGGAAAAAAAGGCAGAUAAAAAACACAGAUAAUUGCUACCCUGGGAUUCAGUUUAAAAGUUACAGUGUAUGACUCAGCACAGAGUUCAAAACUAAAGAAAAUAACCUGAUUGCAUCUAACUAAACAUUCUCUGUUCUACUCACGUAUCUGUUGUUCAAGGUUUAUUCCUUUCUAGAUAUGAAUAUCACUGGAAAUUCCAUGCCUGGUUCCUAACUCAAUCCAUCUCCUCCAGCCCUCUUCUGUCCACACAAAGACUGCUGAAGGCAGAUCACUGCUUCAAUUCAUAUCUCACACUCUCUUCCCAUUGGCUCUCCUAGCUCCUUGCCUACACUUCCUGGAGAUGUUCUGGUUUCACACUUGAAGGAAAUGUUUGGGAAGUCUAGAAAGAGAUAUUUCCCCUCCGAUUCAUCACACCAUCACACUCUGGAAUUCUCCACUCACUGGCGAAGUCUGACCACAAGUAGUUCCUAGAGCUGUCACCUCCCUGAGGACUGGCUGCCUCAGGACUGUGGGGAUGGAACGUGGUCCUGUCCCUGCUCGUCACUAGACACCAUUCAGCCCAGGGCAGCAGGGAUCAAGAGUUUUUCCUGCCCGAGGGCUGUUUGGAGACCUGAGCUGGGGAGGGGGAGCUGGUGUCUCAGUCUAGCUCCCAGUGGGCAGAUUCUACGGCCCUUCCCCUGGGAACUUCCCGCCCCUCAGCAUCUGGAGGCCCAGGAGUGAAUUGGCUGUGGAGACUCAAUUCCUCUUUGUCCCCAGAGCUGGGCUCUCCAGGCCAUAUUUUAAGACUAUUAAUGGGUCCAUUGAGGGGAACAUUGCCUGGUCAUGAGUUGUGCUGCAUCUGCUCUCAGGCUGGGAGAACUGGAGGGAUUCUAACUCCAGGCCCAUCAGAGCAGCGACUCGCUGGCCAGAGGGUAAGAACGGAGUCACUCCGUGUAGGGUCACUAUGGGACGUUGUUUCUCUCCAGGUGUGAGGAGGGGCAGGCCCAGCAGCCAGAGGAGAUGGCUCCUCAACUGGAAGAACAAGUCCGUGGUUUCUCCCAAAAAGUGAUUGCGCUGUCGGAGACGCUGAGGGAGUUCAAAGACACUCUGCCGGCCGCACUGGGGACACAAAGCGGGGACCCCCUUGGAGCACACAGACCAGUUGCUGACAGUCCAGCUCAUUCCCCUCCACCACCUCCAGAUAAGAUGCCGAUGUUUGGUGCUUCUCCUCCUCCUUCCAUUCCCACGCCCCCUCCUGUGGAUUAUGAUGAGGAAGAAGCUGCAAUAGGGCAGCACAAUGAUUCUUAUGCAGAUGGGGACCCUGUUUGGGAACCUAAAAGCUAUGUUGAGAAUGCUGCUGACAGUCCAACUCUUCCCUCGGCACCACUUCCAGACGAGAUGCUGAUGCUUGGUGCUUCUUCUCCUCCUUCCACUCCCUCUCCCCCUCCUGUGGAUUAUGAGGAGGAGGAAGCUGCAGAUGGAGACCCUGCCUGGGCACCUAAAAACUAUAUUGAGAAAGGUUGUCUGAAAUCACUGGGAGUGUGCUACACUCAAGACAUUGCUGCUGUUGCUGUCUUAUCCUUCCCUCCUGCCCUGUGGUCCGGAUCCAGUUCCAGUGAGAUGGAAGUUCUGUCCCUCGGCCGCAGCUCCGGAGCCGGCUCCUUGCUUCACGCAUUGAUCAUUUUCUUCCAAGCACUGCGUGUCCCCGGGCUGGACUCAGCUCGGUUCACAGUGGUUGGGCCUGGUCACCCUGUCACAGCCGUGGUGGGGGAGGAGAUCGUGUUACCCUGUCGCCUGUUCCCCAGAAUGAGCGCUGAGAACAUGGAGGUCAGAUGGUUCCGCUCUGAGUUCACGUCUUUCGUGCACCUGUACCGGCGUGGGAAGGAUGAGUUUGGGCAGCAGAUGCCCGAGUAUCACGGCAGGACUGAGCUUUUGAAAGCCAGCCUCACGGACGGGAAUGUGGCCUUGAAGAUUGUGAAUGUCAGGCGUUCCGAUGAAGGACAGUACCGCUGUUCUGUUCAGGAUGGGGUCUUUCAUGUAGAAGCUGAACUGGAACUGAAGAUCACAGAUGUCUCUUCCCCGGGAGCAGUUCCCUGGAUUGUUGUUUGGAUUGUGACUCUGGUGAUUUUGUUGGUGUUCAUCGGCCUGACCCUUUUUCUUCUCAAAUUAAGAGGGAAAUAUCUUCACCUGAUCAGUAAACUUCUAAGAGAGCUAGAAUGGAGGCGAUGCCUAAUUGACGCAGACAACGUGACUCUGGAUGAAGACACAGCGCAUGUCCUGCUUAAACUGUCGGAGGAUGGGAAAUGUUUGCAAUGGGGAUACGAUGUGCAGUCACGGCCUGACAUCCCGGAGAGAUUUGACGUUGACCCCUGUGUGCUUGGCAAUGAGAGAUUCACCUCGGGGAGACAUUCCUGGGAGGUUGAUGUGGGGAAUGGGCAUAACUGGGCUGUAGGGGUGGCCAAGGAGUCUGUAAGCAGGAAGGGAGGGAUCAGUAUGACCCCCGAGGGGGGGAUCUGGGCUGUGCAGCGGUCCGGGAGUAAUUGCUGGGCUCUCACUGACUACGUCACCCCCCUCCUCUUGUCCCAGAUCCCCAGGAGGGUCCGGGUUUGUCUGGACUGUGACCGGGGGCAGGUGGUAUUUACCAAUGCUGAUACUGAGAAUCUAAUCUAUGUUUUCCCGCCAGGCUCCCUGCCCCAGGAGAGAAUCCAACCCUGGCUGGGGGUAUGGGACAUGUGCCCACUCCGCCUGUGUCACUGACCUCAGCCUCUCUAGCCUCACAAACCCUCGUCUCUGUGACCCUGCAGGAAACCCCCUACCCAGCCCCUGGCUCCUCAUCUCUGUUACCUGAAAGCUCCUCCCCCUCCUUCCCUGAAGCCGCUGGGAAGAAGGGGGAAGAACCCCUGGGGCUUACGGGGGAGCAGAGGGGCUGAGGUGGGGGUGCUGCUUAUCUCUGUAGCCAAUGGCAGGGUGCUUGGGCUGUGCUUCUGGCCAAUGGCAGGGCAGGUUUGGUUAGUCUCAGUGCCUAGUGGCAGUGAUAUCACCUCUAAUAUCAUUAGCUCACAGACAUUUACCUUCCCCCCUCCAUCCCCCUUCUGUUCUGACAUUUGAUUUGUCCUUUUCAUAUGUGUUCAUUUUUUUAAAUUGUAUCCUUUGGUAUAUAUGGUUGUGCCAAUUUUCUUCCACUAUUUGAUCUGAGGAAGUGGGUCUGGCCCAGGAAAGCUCAUCACCUAAUAAACCAUCUUGUUAGUCUUUAAAGUGCUACCUAGUCCUGUUCUUUGUUUUGGCUAGUGGCAGGGCAGCUUGGCCAAGCUAAUGGCCCAGGGCAGGGCUCACACCUCUUGGCUGAGUAGCCAAUGCUAGGGUGGCUCAUCCAGGCUCAUGGCCAAU